GUCCAUCUAGUCUUUUUAUCUGUAGUGGCCAUAGUCCCUCAAUCAGCUGAGCAUUUGUAUUGUUCCUAAAUACGUAACGAAGAAUUAAGCAGCUAAUAUAAAAUAAAAGUCCUUUACAGAAGUAAAGAAUUGCUGAAAAAAUCUUCCAUUGCGUUCUUUAUCUGCCAGUAUAAUACAUCAUAAAUCAUUAAUUGCCCGUAUAAAAUGCCAGUGAAAGUCUAAAAAAAGAUUAUUAAAAGUACCAUCUUUCAUUUGCAAGGGACCAAAUCCUGGCAACUACGGCCCUGAUUUUCAUACGGCACUGCGGGUCACGUGACUCUGCGUUCCCCCUGCCCCCGACAAGGAAUCUAGUCACCCUGUUUUUUUUUCUAUGUAUACAGUACACAAGCUGCAGCGAGUCUUCGUGGUAGUAUAGCAGCAGCAGCAGAUUACAGUGUUCCUUAGCAUGUAAUCGUCAUCAAAUCGUCAUCACAACAGUAUUUGAAAGUGAUCGGAGUUUGUGUUCAAAAAUCGCUGAUCGUCAAAAUUUUCUGUACGUCGUCGUUGUGCGUGUGAUCAGCUCCGAUAUAGAAGUAACUCGGUCGGCGACGUGAGACGCAGGCAGCAGAUGCAAAGGACUCCUGCUCCCGCCUCGCCUAUAAGCUACAGAUUCAAGAAUACGAACUCGCAUGACACCGUAAUGCACAGUCGAUGAGCAGCAUAAGUCUAAUAGGAAUGAACAUUAAAGAAGUCAAAAAAAAAUCCAAUAACAAUCACUGAGUCAGUAUCACAUAUCGACCUAAUAGCUACGUCUGAGACUGUUUGGCAAAAAGAGGCCCACUGCUGUCUGUGUAAUUUAAGGUCGAAAAUUAUCGACUUUCUUGCUACAUGAGGAGUUGCAGAAUAGGCCAGAAAAAUUUGGAUUAAGCUGAUGGGACAAUAAAAGUUUUAUUUUAACAAAAGUCCAACCUGAAGGCGACGUAUUUAAAAUAUUUCUAUAAUAUUUAUUGAAUUCAAAUCGAUAUCAAGAAAAUUAAUAUUGCGAAAUGAUGAGUGACGUUAAUCGAACAGAAUCGUUUUCAACAACGAUUAAAAAAGCCUUAAGAACUGAAGACAACGGAGCAAUAUUGGCCCUACUCACAGGAGUAGACGUCAAAAGUCCUAUAGAUUCUGGUAGGAAAACUUUAUUGCAUUUAGCCGCGGCCUACGGAAAUGUUUUUAUGACGAAUUAUCUUGUCAAACAUGGAUGUAUCAUUGACGCCGAAGAUGAAGAUGAAAUCACGCCUUUGCUACUGGCAGUUUACUUUCGUCACAUAGAUGUAAUACGAAUCUUGAUCGACGCCGGUGCUGAUCCGUGUAAUGUCAAUUCCAAGGAUAGAAGCCCGAUUUUAUACAUAAAGCUGUGGGACAACGGAGAGGCCAUCAGAAUCGUGAGAUUAGGGAUCGAGGAAAAAAAAGUGUGUAAAGAGAAGGCGAUGAAGCUCUUCCUCGAUGCAAACUACAAUAAUUUACUGUACAGUUGCUACUGCAAUUCUCUUCCUUAUUUACCGUAUUACGACAGUUCCGACAGAACCAACGAAUUGCUCUUGAUAAAGGGUAUAUUUUCAAGAGACUUUCAUCAAAUUCAAAUGAUCUUGAAGUACGGAAUGUUGUCGUAUGUUCAGCAUAAAGACAGGUAUACCGCCCUGCAUGCCGCUGCAACGAUCCAUCCGCAAUUCUUCCCCGAAGUUCUGAGCACUAUGCAGAUGCUUUACGAUCGCGGCGCGGACGUCAAUGCUAAGGAUCACAAAGGAAAAACUCCUUUGCACGUUGCAGUGAAACACGUGAACAAUCACGCGAUCACUUGGCUGCUUAAGCGAGGAGCCGAUGUCAAUGCCAGAGACAACAACGGUCGAAUUCCUCUGCACGCCGCACGUAACACGUUUUGGUUUACAGGCAAUAAGAGUAAUGUAAACCAAACCUUGGAACUCUUGCUGCGCAAUGGAGCUGACAUACACGCGAUUUGGACGGAGGAUCGAACGUUACUCGAGUUAGCGAAGGAAAUAAACGAAGUUUCAACUAGCAAAUUAAUUUUGAGGGAGCUAGCGCUCUUAGAAGUUCGGGGGAUGACUCUGAACAAUCGAGAUUUGGGGGUUCUCGAACAAGAUGCCGAUAUGAAACUUUAUUACGACAAAUGCAAGGUUGAGUUGCAGUUCGCGAAGGUGUGUAAGAUACUCGAGGACACGACGCUUUUCGACUUAUUAACGAAAAAUAUGCAGGCGCUGAAUAUUCACGCUAAGAACAAGGAUUUCCGUAAAACAUUCACAAACUUGAAAAUAAGCGAGAACUUCCCGAUCAUUUCACGAAGCCUGAACAAAUUCAUCCAACAUGUGGAUUUGAUUAAUAUGACUACUCAUGCUGCGGAAGUACUUAGCGAGGUUUUGUCAUUCUUGGAUGAUCUCGUUAUUCAAAAAAUAUUGAACUACUUGAGUACAGAAGACCUGCGAGUAUUAGCUCAGUAAAUUUGUAUGACUUUACAUCUUAUAUGAAUCGGAAUUUUCUUACACCAGAUGGUGUAUCAAAGCAAAAAAAAAACGUAUAUAGCAGAUGCGUAAGUUUAUAGCACUCGUGGCGAACAAAUAGCUCGUUACCCGUGCACAAAAUAGAAAUUUAACUUGUUGCAUAAUAUAUCUCUAUAUUAUAUCUUUUAAGUGUAAUAUAUAUUGACAAUUAUUCUUAAGCGUAAACAUAUGAUAUAGAAACUUAUGUAAUAAAAUAAUAUUUUCACGAUUUCUAUGAUAUAUUAUACGCAUACAUUUUA